AUGUCCUUUGUACAAAUAAUGAAUCACACUGCUGUCACAGAAUUCAUCCUUGUGGGGUUUUCCGAUCAUCCGAACCUGCAGGUUCCGCUGUUCCUGAUCUUCCUUGGUAUUUAUACCAUAACCCUUACAGGAAAUGUGCUCAUUAUCCUAGUAACAUCAUUUGACCCCACUCUGAAUAGCCCCAUGUACUUCUUCCUCCGGAACUUGGCCUCAUUAGAGAUCUGCUUCAAUUUGGUCAUUGUCCCAAAGAUGCUGGUCAAUCUCCUGAUGGAAAAUAAACGCAUCUCCUUUGUCGGAUGUGCAGCUCAAAUGUAUUUCUUCUUCUUCUUUGGGGCAGCUGAGUGCUGCCUUUUGGCCGCCAUGGCCUUUGACCGCUAUGUGGCCAUAUGCAACCCGCUGCAUUACCCGGACAUUAUGACUCAAAGGGCUUGUUUCCAGUUGGCUGGUGCCUCAUGGUUCUCUGGAUUUCCAGUGGCCACUGUGCAGACGACAUGGAUAUUCAGUCUGCCAUUCUGCGGGCCAAAUCAAGUCAACCACUUCUUCUGUGACAGCCCCCCUGUGCUGGAGUUGUCCUGUGCCGACACCUCCCUCUUCGAAAUCGAGGCCCUCACAGCAACUGUGCUUUUCAUCAUGUUCCCAUUCCUGCUGAUCCUGGUCUCCUAUGUGCGGAUCAUCAUCACUAUCCUGAGGAUGCCCUCAGAAGAGGGCAGACACAAAGCCUUCUCCACCUGCUCCUCUCACCUGGUGGUGGUGACUCUCUUCUAUGGCACAGCUAGCUCGACCUACUUCCGACCCAAAUCCAGCUACUCUCCAGACACCAGGAAGCUCAUCUCUCUCUCCUAUGCGGUGAUCACCCCCAUGUUAAACCCCAUCAUUUACAGCCUGAGGAACAAAGAGGUGAAAAGCGCCUUGGGGAGAACAUUGGGCAGGAAAUUAUUUUCAGAGAAAAUGUAA